GCGAAAGCCUCUUGCAUGGCAGGUCGGUCAUCUAGGGGAGAUGUACAAUGAGUGGGUGCACCAGCCUGUGUACAGACCUAUACGCCUGUUUGAGUCCGAGUUCCUGGAGGGCAGAACCCAAGCUGCAUGGUAUUGGGUACUUAUUGUUUGGUUGCCCGCCAUCUUUUAUCUGAGUGCCACUAUUGCAGGCUCUGUCCUGUGGACGUAUAGCUAUGGUGUCCCAAUGACCUUCAUCUUAGGGAUCGUCCUAUGGUUGUUCAUGGUUUACUGCAUCCAUUUCCUGUUUCACCAUCCACUGUCAAGCAAUUACUACUUGAUUACACUGCACUUCCUGCUGCAUGGACAUCACCACAAGAGUCCCAAUGACAGGCUACGGACUGUCUUCCCUCCAAGUCUGGCCAUCGCUUUGUUUACAGUCCUGUUCAUGCUGCUCCGAUGUCUGUUGCCAGACGGUCUGGACAUAUCCAUGUUGUUGGGACUCCUCUGUGCAUAUGUCUUCACUGACAUGGUUCACUAUUACCUGCAUCACUGCAAGCCAAAUGAAAACUCUUACUUUCAUGAUAUAAGGACUAUCCACGUCAAGCACCAUUUCGAACAACCAGACAAAGGCCUGGGCAUAGCAACCAAGUUGUGGGACUGGAUAUUCAACACAGGCAUCCACCCAUUAGGGUGCUCCAAAUACACUGGAUCAACGACGACCAUGGGAAGACGUAAAUAAACAUAAUGAUAGACAUCAGAACUGUUACACUACUGGAUGCCAUUAUUAUGUGAGUGCUGGACCAUAUCAGAGCACAAAUUCUCCUCCAUUUUGUACCGUUAUGUGUACUGUACAUAUAUCUAUAAAUCAAUCUUUUGUAUUUUUUCUUAUCUUUCUUUAAUGACUAAA